AUGCUGUGUCAGGAGCUUGAUGAAUAUUUACGGCCGAACUGCAAUCAAUGGACUGCGAUCACCACAGAAAAAAAGGUCUGUGAUGCAAAUCUAAAAAUAUUGAAUGUGAAUGCAAAAUAUGCUGGUGCUACACAUGAUUCUUUCAUUUGGAGACGCUGCACAUUAAGAGAUAAACUACAAGAUGCAUUGGCAAAUGAUGGAAACAGUUGGCUGUUGGGAGAUUCUGGCUACCCUUUGGAACCGUGGCUCAUGACGCCAGUAGCUGAGCCAGUUACAAAUCCGGAAGAUGUGGUGUAUAACAAAAAGCAUGCCCAAACUAGAAAUCCAAUUGAGAGAUGCUUUGGUGUCUUAAAAGCAAGAUUCAGGUGCAUCCUAAAAGAUAGGGUUUUGCAUUAUCACCCAGUUGCAGCUGCCAGGAUUGUCAAUGCUUGUGCUGUACUGCAUAACAUCUGUAUUGAACACGGAAUUGAGCCGCCCGAUGAUAUACCCAAUGAACCAAAACGCAAGGAGAAGGAUCAAUCGGAAGAAGAAGAUAUGUUAACUGCUGUUGAAGUGCGACAAAGACUGAUUAGACUAGUUAAUUAA